CAACUCCAGACAACUGACAGCCGGAGCUAAUACUUGACUAGACUGGAGCUGACCGCAGCUAACCGGAGUAAUCUCCGAGUGGCUGAGUGGUUUUCAGUAUAUUUUGGUCGCAAUCUCGCGACAUACAGUGCUGAUUUUCGGAUACACACGUUUGUGUGCAUCGUUUUAUCGCGUGCGAUCUGUUCGCACGAUUGGAGUAAUCGAGAAAUCAGUAUUGAAACAUGGUAGUGCUUAGCAAUUUUAUGCCACCACAGGAAGGCGUUCGCCAUGAGGAGCCAAAUACUACAGUUUAUAUCAAUGGCAGAGAAGUUGGAAAGGGCACAUUCUAUAUUACAGAAAGUUUACUUUCUUGGGUAGACAUCGACACGCAACGAGGAUUUUCACUUGAAUAUCCCCAUAUUUCACUACAUGCAAUUUCGCGAGAUGAACAAGUUCAUCCAAGACAGUGUCUAUACAUCAUGGUGGAUGCCAAAGUAGAUCUGCCAGAUAUGGCGUUACCUUUAUCGUCUGAAAACAGUUCAGAAAACGAAGAUGAUGAUGGUGAUACUGCUAUAACGGAAAUGCAAUUUGCACCAGACAACACAAAUAACUUAGAUUUAAUGUUUCAAGCGAUGAACACGUGCCAAGCACUUCAUCCCGAUCCACAGGAUAGCUUCUCAGAUGAGGAUAUUUAUGAGGACGCUGAGGAAGAGUACGAGGGUGAAUAUGAUGAAGAAGUAGGAGCUGGUGACGCUCCUUGUAUCCUGCAGACAGAACAAAUGGGGACCAAUCAUACAGAACCGGAGGCGGAAGAAGCCAUGGACGUUGAAGCGGGUCAAUUCGAAGAUGCGGAGGAAGAUCUGUAAGAGACGACGAAUAGACACAGACAUGCAUUUAGUGUUAAUUUAUACUAUCAAUUUCGUAUAUGUAUUUCGGUAGAUACGUGACAUUGUUAUUGCAAAACUUACGGCCGAGCUGUAUCAAACGUUAAAGCACUCCUAAACAUUUAUUUAUAUUCAUUUUGUACAUGAUGAUAAUUUCCUAGAUAAAAAUAAAUAAUUAUACAUGAA